AUGGAUAUGGAACAACAAUUGCGCGAAACGAAACGAGAGCCAAAGAACUUCUACGACAGGAUACCGCGGUCCUGCUUCAACUUCCACUUCCAUAAGAGCGCAACUACGCACACUAUUUUGCCUGUUCUUCUGAUUGCUAUUGGGUUAAUGACUCGCGAGAUCUGGAAUGUGCUCGUGCAGCAGCAGCAGGAAUUGGAAGAAGAUACACCGCUGAUCAUGAAGUUCGUCGCCAUCGAAACAAUCACAAUGGACCAACUUCAGACACUUGGGUGCUAA